GUCUAUGCUGUGACAGCUGUCAACCCAUGUGCUUGCUCUUGCGGGUUCUGUCCUGUCGGUUCUGUUCAUGCUUGUUGUGAUCGCAUGCAUCGCAUUUUCGCCGACUCCGACUCUUGCUAAAGUACCUACAGAAAGUAGAAAUAGAAAGUUUGAGGUUGAAUAUUAGGUGUAGACAUAUCGGCAUCAAGUAUCUAUGUGUUAGGAUGAGCCUUUCGGAAUUGAAGGCUAUCUUAAAGUCAAUUUUAAUAACGUCACCUCAGCAAAGUCUCAUCCCUCUAGAUCUUUAUAGAAAAUUUAGGAAGGAAGAAGGAUAUCACUUUCCGUUCAGAAAUCUGGGUUUUCGAGACUUCGUCGAAUGUCUCUGCAGCCAAAAUUUAUCGGAUACAGUUAAGGUUGAAUUUCAGGACAGAGGUCCUAUGGUCUUCCCAGUAGAAUUUAAGAAGGCAAAUUCUCCACCUGUAGAAAAAAUCUCUAAACCAAAAUUUCCUCUAACGUGCAAGGAAAGUGAAAAUCCAGCGCAGCAGAGUGAAGAAAACCUAAACAUGAACUCUGAUCCAGGAAAAGUUUACUGCUUCUGUGGCUUGCGAGCAAAAAUGUACACUGUCAGGAAGGAAACUAUAAAUCAAGGAAGGCAGUUUUAUUUUUGCGCUCAACGCAGCGAUGGUGGUUGCAAAUUUGUUCUCUGGGCCGACACUCUAGAAACAUACUGGUAUCAGUACCAUGGGCCCUUGAUCAGCGCUACCCUAGAUUUUAAUGGUCAGGAUAGUAUUGUUUGCGAUUGCAGACUGCCAACAACAAGGUUGUUUAAAAAAAGAAUGGCCUCUUUCGUGUGUCCCAAGCGACUUGAGUACCGAUGUAAAUUUGAAUUUUUAUCACCAAACCCAAUACAUACAAAGGGAGCAACAGCAGCUUUAAAUUCAUCUACUAACAAUGAGAGCAUCGGUUCCAUUCAGUCAAAGCACGAUUCUUCUCCGACACACAGACCACAAGGAUACAAACAGACCAACAGUCAGGAAGAGGAAGAUGAAGAUGAUUGGACACCAAGACCUACCAGUGCAACGGAAUGUACAGGCAAAGCCAAGCAGGAGCCAAAACUUUCAAACGGAACAGAAAAUGAAGCUGAAGAUGACUGGACUGUAAAAGUUAACCACUCCUCUGAUAAUGUGCAGGAAGACAAAUGUACCACAGGAGCUCAGAACGCCAAAAAUAUCUAUGAAGAUCAUUGGACUCCUACAGUGAAUAAAAUCAAAGAAAUAUCCUUAAACGAUGACUGGAAUCCUAAUGAGAACUGGAAUCCUAGGGAUUUAAGUUCCUCCAAAAAUUUGGUUGAAGUUAGUGAAAAUGGUGAUAUGGAUUCUGGCUAUUUUGACACAAAACCAACAGUUUCAAGCCCUAGUCUUCAAUCUAGACAGCCCUCGUGCACAGGAUUCUUAGUUAAUUGUACUGUUCAACCACAAGAAAUUCAUAAAGCAACUGGCAAGAAUGGAAUGCAGCAUUUAGUGCCAAUCACAAUUUGCGUAGCAAACUCCCCAUCUGACUUUUAUUUUCAGCUGAACUCCGAAGCAGAAGGUCUGAAAUCUUUGAUGAAUAAAAUGAAUCAAUUUUACCUUGGAACUCAGAAGCAUCUUAGUCCAACUGAUAUUAUAAUUGGAAGCAUUUAUGUUGCAAAAUUGCCUCCCAGUGGAAAAUGGCACAGGGUUCGAGCUCUAUCAGAUUUAAAUAGUGGAAAUGAAGUUGAUGUUUUUUCAAUUGAUUAUGGACACACUGGCAAGGUGCAGUGUUCCGAGUUGAGGUUAUUGCACACAAAUUUUGCCAAAAUGCCCGCGCAGGGAGUUCAUGCUCAGCUCAGCUUGAAACCAGCUGAAGGUGGAGAAUGGCAUCCAAUGGGUCGGCAGCUUUUCGUCAAACUAGCACGAAGGUUCAUUUGGUCAGCAGAAGUAGUGAAAAUCAUAAACCCAAAGUCUGUUCAGCAAAAGGUUGAGGUUUUGCUGAAAGUCAAAGGAAUAGCUUCUACCUAUCUCUCAAGCCAACAGAACUCACCAGGCUCUAAUAACAAAGAGGAACAUGCUAUUAAAGAUGUAAUUAACGAGUUCAUCAGAGAUUUGACCCAUGUCUAAACCACUAUCACCAAAGGUAUGAUCUCAAAAAUUUUCUUGUUACCCAUUUUUUAUUUCCAAUUGGCUGUAAAUAAGAACAUUUCACUCAUUGCUUAUUUUUUGACUGCGAUAUUAAUAAGAAGGUCGAGUUUAAUGUGCUGCAAGAGGAAGUUUAAUCUUGAAUAAAAUCGUGCCUUUCUUUGUUGCCUUAUAUUCAGAAGAUUUGGUCAAAGCUUGAUCAAAGUCUUUAUUUAAGUUUACCAUGAGAGAAAGUUUAAUCUUUAAUAAAAUCGUGCCUUCCUCUCUCUUCUAUGUAUUUUGAAAAUUGAAUGAAGUGGCUUCUUAAUAGAGACCAGUCUAAUGAAAAGUCAUUCAAUUUUUUUCCUUUUUUCUUUUUAGGUCAGCUCAUUAUUUUCCUAAGUUUAGGUCUUAGUUCUUUUUUCAUUUUGUAAUUUGUUUUUAUUAAAGCUGUAGAAAAGGUGCCCCUCUGACUUUUAAACACUGCUUCAUAUCAGGAAUCCCUAUUUUGUGUGUGACAGUACAAGGUCUGUUAGAUUAAAAAUCGGAUUUUAAUACUCAUCAGGCAAUCGUUCACGUGAGCUAUGAAAUGAAAAAAAAGUACUACCAGACCAAGUAUUUCGGUUUGCGACGUCGAGACUUUAUUUUUUAAAUGGAAAACUACUCAAUGUCAAUCCUUGAAAACUUCUGUGUUUUUUCUUCUCAAAGAAUUUUAAGAAAAAUGUGAAAAUUUCAAGUAAUGAUAUUGAUUUGUUCUCCUUCAAAAAAAUAAAAUUGGAGUGGAGAUUUUUAAACACCACAAACAAGAUACGUCGUUUGGUAGUCUCUCUGUCAAUAUACAAUUAUCAGCAAUGUGCAUAGUAAAUUGCUUACACACUCAUAACAGUUAGUGCAAUCAGACUUGCACAUUAGACGAGCAUACUGUCAUUAGCAACAAAAAUUUAAUUGAUCUUCGAUGCUGCUUUUGAAUUCCUUCUCCUUAUUAAAUGCAGCUCAAUUAAGAAAGGUUUCAUCCUAUUUUUUUUCUUCAAUUCCUCAUUCAAUGUUUCACGUGUCAGGGGCUAAUUUUGUCAAAAAUCCUGUUUUGAAUUGAUUCACUCUGAUGUUCUGUCGAAUAAAAAACUCAACACUUUAUCACUCAUAAUAUUUGAACAGGUUAUUAGUUCUGCACAUUUAUAAUGCUCAGUCUUCGUUCAAAUUCGGGAAAACAAAGAUUCCUUGGAAGGGCAAAAUUAGCAAUGUGCUAAAGAAAUUUGUUUUUUAUUACUAAUUAGACCUUGUUGUUUCAAGCGAUGAAAGUGUUUUCUCCCUAAAGCAAUUGUCAAAAAGAAACAUCAAUUUUAGUAAUUUUGUUUGAAUACUUUUAUUAUGACUUUGAAAAAAUUUGAUAAAAUAUUUUCUCGGCAAAACUGCGUUAUUACUGGUUAAGAUUAAUCCAAUGAACUUGGUGUUCUUUACUCCUUACAAAAUUAAUCCAUCAUUUGACCAAACUGUAUUCACCUUGAUCAGUAGGUAAAUAAUUAAUGUAUUCUCAUAAUAUUUUUUUCUCUUUUGCCAAAGUUUAUGCAAGUUAUUUUUGUUUCCAUUCCAUUGUACAUACUCUCUUUUUGUAGCUUUUUAAACUUUUUUGUGUCACUUGAAAAUACUUACUGUUAUUAAAUUCAGAUCUCAUACUUAGCCGCUUGUACAAGUAUUCAACCAAACACCCCAUGUAAUAAUUUCAUGCAAGUAUUCUCUCUGUAAAUUGGCGGUAUUGUGAAAGCAUUUUCACAAUUUACAUUUACCUUCCUCACCCAUGUAAUGCCUUCUCUUCCACUGGCUAAAUAAUUAAAAAUUAACUGAUUCCAACUAACUCA